AUGUGCGCGAGCGCCGCAGUCGUUGAGCAGCCAGCGGAGCGGUUCGCGUCGGCGGAGCCGUCGCGCCACGAGGAUCCCGACUUCGCCCUGGUGACAGACCUCUAUCGAUUUCGGGACAGUCUGACCCCCCGUGACCCCAACAAUGAGCCCAAGAGUGACCCCAAGAGUGACCCCAAACACGACCCCGACGACCCCUUGGUGGCAGAGAUGGAGAAGACGCUGAAGCUGAUGGAGGAGAUCCAGGUGUCCCCCGAGGGGCGUGGCCGGGCGCUGGUGCUCCGCGCACGCGCGCUGGGCGUGGCCCCGGCGGUGGGCGGGGCCCGGGCGGAGCAGGCGCUCGGCCACGCCCUCAACUGGACCCGGCACUGGGAGCGGCCUGGAGGCAACUGGGGGAGCACCGGUGGGCGCGGGGGGACCUCCGGGGGGGCUCGAGAUGCCUUCGGGGGGGCCCUGCAGCAGGGGGAGGACCCCGAGGCCCGGGGUGGGUCUGGGGGUCCCCAAAUCCCCCUAAAUGCCCCUGUUAUCUCACAGGGGGAGGACCCCGUGGCCCGGGGUGGGUCAGGGUGUCCCCACCGCCCCCUAAAUGCCCCUGUUAUCCCACAGGGGGACGGACCCCGAGGCCCGGCGGGCUCCUGUCCAUGGCCCUGCGGGCGGGGGGCGGCCCGAGGGAGCGGGGGGGGGGCCGCAGGGGGCGGGGCCUGCGCGGGGGGCGGGGGCCCCUGCGGGGAGAGCCCUCGCCCAGGCCGAGGCGGCCCGUUGAGGUGUGACCCCGAGACGGACAGUCCUGGUACGUGCUGGGCAACGCCCACGUGUCCCUGUCUUCGCGGGGGGGCAGAGCCACAGAGCGCCCGCAGAGCCCUCGCGGCCUACGCGCAGGCGGAGCGGGUGGAUACCCAGGCAGCCAAUAACCCCGGACCUGCACCUGAACCGUGCCACGCUCCUGCAGUACCUGGAGCGGUUCCAGGCGGCCCUAGAGGGGCUCAGCGGGCCAUGACCUCGACCCCACCUGGGAGGAGCCCCGGGAAGCGCCACCGGAACCUCCUGGAGUUCCUGAGCCGCCUCUGCGGGCUGCUGGAGAACAGGCGCAGUGGGGCUGCAGGAGGGGGCGGGGCCGUGGCCGCCGUCACCAUUUACAACGCGGGGCCCGACUGGGGCGUCCACGUGGGCGACGCCCUCGCGGUGCCCGACCCACUGGUGACCCUCCACCAGCACCAGCACCAGGGACAGACCUUCUCCUUCAUGGGUAUCCGGGUCUCCUCCCCGCUCUCAUUGGUUGUCAACGGGCGCCGCCCCCCGGGCUCCGCCCUGGCCCGCCCUGCCUGGCGCUGUCCAAUCCGCGUGCGCCACCGCCCCCCCGGCCACGCCCACCACGCCCUGACCCCGCCCACGGGGUUCGGUAAUAAAGGACCUUUUUGUUGGAGCCACGCCCCACCCGGCGCCAUAUUGGGGGAGGGUAUGGGGCUGCCAUCUUGGAUGGGAGUGGUAAUGGGGGCCGCCAUCUUGGAUGGGAGUGGUUAUUUGGGCCACCAUCUUGGGUGGGAGUGGUUAUGGGGGCCGCCAUAUUGGGUGGGAGUGGUUAUGGGGGCCGCCAUCUUGGAUGGGUGUGGUUAUGGGGGCCACCAUCUUGGGUGGGUGUGGUUAUGGAGGCCACCAUAUUGGAUGGGUGUGGUUAUGGAGGCCACCAUAUUGGACAUGGGGGCUGCCAUGUUGGAUGGCACCGUUGUUUACAAACAUCCGUCCUUUAAUCGUCAUCUCUAG